AUGACGAUCGCCGAGAUCGCCCCGGGCAAGGAGGGCUACGGCCGCGCCGACUCGAGCUACGGCGACGAGAAGAAGGACCCGGCGCUCGGCGGCAACGGCCACUCGUCGUACGCGCCCAUCCAGCCGGGCUCGCCCGCCGUCGGCGCCCCGAAGCCUCGCGAGGCGCCCGCCGUCGUCAUCUCGCGCACGAACCGCCUCGAGUGGAUCGACGGCGUGCGCGGUCUCGCGUCCAUCAUCAUCUUCACGCACCACUUUGCCGACCUGACGUGGUCCCAGACGCACCCGAACACGCUCGCCGAGGGCUCGCUCCCGGGCUUCCUCCGCAACGGCCAGCUCGCGAUCGGCAUCUACUUCAUCCUCGGCGGCCGCGUCCUCGCCGCGUCGUUCCUCAAGUCGGCGUUCACGCCGCCCGGCCCGCGUUGGCUCACCCUGUCGUCGUCCCUGUUCCGCCGGUCGAUCCGCCUCGCGUUCCCGGCCAUCAUCGUCGGCUUCAUCCAGUGGCGCGUGUGCCGCGACGGCCUCAUGACCAAGGCGAUGCAGGCCGAGGAGGAGUUCCUGUCGCCGUCGGCCCUGUGGGAGCCGACCUGGUGCGCCAUCGGCGGCAACUUUGCCGACUUCCUCCAGUUCUGCCUCGACCUGUUCACCAACCCGAACCGCCAGUACAUGCUCACGGUCGGCUCGGCCCUGUGGUCGACCUACGACCAGUUCUGGGGCUCGGUCCUCGUCUACAUCCUCGCCGGCACCCUCACGCCGUUGCCGUUCCGCGGUCGCUACACCAUGUACCUCCUCAUCUCGGUCGCCCUGUGGUGGAUCAACUCGUCCAACAUGCUCUACGUCAUCGGCCUGUGGAUCGCCGACUUUUACGCGUCGGGCUUCGUGCGCAAGAUCCAGGACCACUGGAAGCUCAAUGUCGCCAUCGAGUUCGCGGCCGGCGCCCUCGCGCUCGCCAUGAUUGCCGGCGGCGAGAAGGUCGCGACGCCCGCCAACCGCGCCGUGGGCUCCAUCUCGGUGUACAACGGCAAGUACUCGUACAACCCGUCGUACGUGUGGCCCCAGUACAUGCUCAUGAGCAACUGGAUCCCGCCCGUCACCAUCCUCAUCUGGAUCGAGGUGUCGCACGCCAUGCAGUGGUUCAUGAGCUGGGGCAUCUUCACCUGGGUCGGCAAAGUCUCGUACGGCUUCUACCUCAUGCAGUUCCUCACCCUGUACGGCCUCAUGCCCCACCUCAUCCUCCACUUUGCGGCGCAAGAGACGUCGUACUGGAACAUCGUCACGCCGACCUACAUCAUCUGCCUCAUGUUCAACAUCUUCGUCGCCUGGGUCUCGUACCACCUCCUCGACCGCGUCGGCCUCAAGCUCGGCAAGUGGAUCUGGGACGGCCUGUUCGUCAGCAAGCCCAACACGGCCGGCUCGCUCCCCAUCAAGAUGGCUCGUCACGCCGCGUGGUGCGUCACCAAGGGCCCGGUCCACGUCGCGCGCGGGUUCGCCAAGAAGUCGUCGACCAAGGCGAAGGCGUUCAAGAGCGGCCUGCACACGGUCAUGAACUGGCGCACGCCGACGACCCGCCCCUCGGUGCCCGACCCGACCGACCCCGAGGUCCUCGCGCAGCUCCACUCGACGCGCUGGACGUCGGACCUGAGCGGCGACGGCGAGGCGAUGCGCACGCGCCGCCUCCUCCGGUUCCAGUCGUUCAUGUGGAUCCCGCACCUGUUCCUCAUCCCGGGCAUGACGGCGCUCUGGGUCAUCUUCCACCCGAUGGGCAGCUGGACGUACGACGCCCUCACGUUCUCGUCCCUGUGGCGGUUCAUCUGGGUCCUGUCGCUCCCCAACUGUUUCUUCGCCUGGCUCGGCUUCAUCACGCCCGACAUCACGCCGCCGCAAGGGUCGCAGGAGAACAAGCCGGUCCACCGCGAGUACAUCCGCAACUUCUUCAUCGUCCUCGUCACCAAGGGCUCGAACGAGGCGGCCGUCCGCCGCGGGUACAACAAGCUCAUCCGCCUCGAGAAGUACCACCCGGCCGUCAAGGUCGUCGUCCUCACCGACGAGCCGUACGUGUACCCGGACCUCCAGAACAUCGUCUGCCCCAAGUCGUACAAGUCGCCGCUCGGCAAGGCCAAGUACAAGGCGCGCGCCCUCGACUACUUCCGGUACCACGUCUCGCUCGGUGUCUACGACUGGAUUCUGCACAUGGACGAGGAGUCGGUCACCGACGCCGAGUCGCUCCGCAACUGCAUCGAGUUCAUCCGCUACACGCCGCACCACUUCGGCCAGGGCAUCAUCCUGUACAACGGCACGGGCUACUGGGACAACUGGUACUUCACGGUCGCCGACGGCAUCCGUGUCGGCGACGACCUCGCGCGGUUCCACCUCCAGAACACGAUCAUCAACCGCCCCGUCUUUGGCGUUCACGGCUCGUUCCUCAUGACCAACGGCGAGAUGGAGAACGAGUGCACGUGGGACUUUGGGUCGCUCGCCGAGGACUUCGAGUUCUCGCAGGACGCCUGGCGCCGCGGCUUUACGUGCGGCCGCAUCCACGGCAUCGUCCGCGAGCAGUCGCCGACGACGCUUCGCGACUUCCUCAAGCAGCGUCGUCGCUGGUUCAUGGGCAUCCGCGACAUCAAGGGUCUCUACGGCCUCCCUCACCUCGCCAUCAACCUCUGGAUCGUCGGCGUCUUCACCCUCGGCGCCACCGUCAUCAACUUGCCGCUCGGCUUCAUCGAGCACUCGCUCACGCCGCUGUGGAUCGCCGUCUGCGCCAACUUCUGCUUCAUCACCUUCUUCACCCUCUACCUGUGGGGAAUCUUCUUCCAGGAGCUCGACUUUGGCCAGACGUGGUGGAAGAUCCCGAUCCACCUCCUCUGCGGCAUCAUCAUUCAGCCGUUCGCCUCUCUCGCCGAGGGCCUGUCGGCCAUCUGGGCCAUGGCGUCCGAGGACUUUGGUGCGUCCCCUCUCUCUCGCGCCCUGUCGUCGUCGUCGUCGUCGUCGACCCGGUCACUGACCCUCUCUCGCCUGCACCCGCUCCCCCCUCUCCUCGCUCGCCUCUUCUCUUUCUCAUUUUUUUUUAAACAGGCAAGUUCGAAGUCAUCGUAA